GAGGCUCGGAAGAUGGCGGAGCGUGCCGGCACCGGUGGCGGCACAUCCCUCAGGGGAUUGCGCGAACGGAUGGUUGCGGCUGCUCACGCCAUGGCCGAAGAAAGACGGAAUCAGGGUGGUUUUAGCUCUGCAUCUCAAUCCUCAAAUAUAAAAUCAUCAUUCAAGCCAGUCAUAGAUGGAUCUGUCCUUAAAAGUGACACAAGGCAGAGAUUGGCGAAGGAGCGCCGAGAAGAAAAGAAAAGACAACAAGAUGCCAACAAAGAAACACAACUGCUUGAAAAAGAAAGGAAGUCCAGGAUCCAGUAUGAAAAACUGAUGGAAGAAAAACAACGAAAGCUGAAAGAACAGAAAGAAAAGGAUGAACAGCGGAGAAUAUCCGCAGAAGAAAAAAGGAAACAAAAAUUACAGGAGGAAAGGGAGAGAUUCAAAGCCGAUGUCUACCGUACACUGGAACGGAGCAACCGUAUUGAUCAUCGUCAAAAAAGAUGGUCGUGGGAAGGCUCUACAACCGUGAACCCUGAGACUAAAAAUGGCAAAACAACAGAAAAGAGAAGUUCGUCUUUGAAUAGAAGAUCUAACAAACUGCAGUCACCUAUGGAAACAGAAAAAGUAGAAGAAAAACCAGGUGGCAACCGCUAUCCUGUACUACAGUAUGUGACCAUGCCCCUGCGUGUCUAUAGCAGUGAUGAAUUGAAGAAUACCAUAGUGCUUCGCAAGUCAGCAAUGGCUGUGCCUCCCCAGGAGAAAGUGGGAGCACUCCCCAAGGCGAAGGUGGAAGCGCCCCCCAAGGCGAGCACGAGUAUGGAAGUGGCCUCCAAUGUGAAUGUGGGAGCGAUCCCCAAGGUGAGUGUGGAAGUGGACCCCGAGGCGAACAUGGAGGCGGCCCCCGAGGUGAAUGAAGCAACCCCCCAGGCAAGCAUGGAAGGGUCCCCUGAAGGGAGUGUGGAAGCAUCAGUUCAAGCAGGUGCGGAAGCACUCCCUGAUAGCGUGGAAACAUCCCCGGAAGUGAGCGUGGACAUGUCCCUCGAGGUGAGCGUGGACCCAUCCCCCGAGGUGAGCAUGGACUUGUCUCUCGAGAUGAGCACGGAUGCGUCCCCUGAUGGGAGCAUGCAAGUGUCAUCUGAAGCAAGCGUGGAGGCAUCUACCAAGGCUGGUAUGGCAGCGUCCCCCAAGGCUAGUGUGGAAACGCUCCCCGAAGAGAGUGUGGAAGCAUCCCCCGAGGCCUUCCUGGAGGUGAGCGUGGAAACAUCUUCCAAGGUGAAAAAACCAGAAAUGGACAAACAGGCCUCCAACCCUGGUACAAAGAAGCGCCCAUCGUCACACAUACCAUGUUAUAAAUGGCCAUCUUCUCCUGCAAGUGGGCGGCGCCCACCCUCUCCCAUCAGUGUUAAGCAAAUGCAGAAGAAUCGCCCCCCGUCCCCAUCACCUGUCAGGUCAAAACAGUCACAACCUUCCCUUUGUUACAAAGUAAUUCCUGUUCAGCGUAACCUACUUGCGCAAAAUGUGUUAGGUACUCUUGGAAAGAAAAGAGAAGCAGUUCCUAAAACCACUAGCAGCUCUGAAGCUGUGAGCCAAAAGCAGACGGUCUGUGAAGAGCCUAGUAGUAAAAGCACACCAGGGACUAUGAAUGCCGAGGAGGCAACAAAAAUUUUGGCAGAGAAACGGCGCCUUGCUCGUGAACAAAGAGAAAAAGAAGAAAGACUACAAAAGGAAACAGAGGAAAGAGACCGAGACAAAUACUAAGAAUUGUUUAAAUAUCGUGUCAUUAGGAAGGUGAAGGAAAUGGCAGAGAAAGGAGUUGACACCCAAGGAGAAGAGUUCUCAAAACUCGAAGAUGGACAAAGACGCGAUGAAAUGAAGAAAGGAUGUACAGAUCCGGAAGACCAGAAAGUGCUGCUACAGAAGGGGGACACCAAAAUAAAAGCUGAUGAGGAGGCUGACAAACGCAAGAAGGAGCACGAGAGAAUUAUGUUACAGAAUUUGCAGGAGAGAUUAGAAAGAAAAAAGAGAAUUGAGGAAAUUAUGAAGCGGACAAGAAAGACAUAUUCAAAUACCUCACAGGCUGCAGAAACAUUCGGUGACAACACAUACGAGGAGGAUGAAGCAGAUGAUGAGGACGAGUCAGAAAGCGACGAUGACUCCUUCGAUGACCUACAUCCAUCAGCCUUUAUAAAUGGCAUGGAUUCAUCCACAAAAUUCAAAACACAUUUUAAAAACAUGAAGAAGAACACUCCCAAGCUGGUGUUUUUAGACGCCACUUCUGGCCAAGUCCAUAGAGAGACAAAAACAUUUUUUAAUGGCGACACGAAAACCUUCAGACAAAAAAGUGCGAAAAACCCUUUGACUCAGGCGAAGGGUACCAGACCGUCCAGCAAAAGAAUGAGCAGCCGAGCAACAAAAACCAGAAAGGCAAGUGAAACCAGCAACACCGUGGGACCUAACAAAAGUGUACAUCCAGAGGCACAGGAGUGGAUCUGUGACAAGAUUGUUGACAUCAGAGAUGAGGCAGAGGCACUCAUGUCCAGUAUCCCUCCUGAUAGCCGAAAAUACCACCUGAAAGCGGGUUCUACGUAUGAGCAUGUCUCCUACGCCUGUGUCAUCUUGCACAGGUACGAAGCCUUCAAACAGCUCUGA